AUGAAGGAGAUUGUCCUCCGUGUCACUCUCGUAGCGUUUACGGAUGCCAUUGUGGAAGGAAGAAGGAGGAGAGGGAGUGUUGUGAGAGGGAAUUUCAAUGUGAUAAUCCUUGCGAGAAAUUGUUGGGAUGUGGGAAACAUGUUUGUGAAAGAGGUUGUCAUUCAGGGGAGUGUGGACAGUGUCCUCUGCAAGGGAAGAGGACCUGUCCUUGUGGUAAGAGAGUGUAUGAAGGAAGGCCUUGUGAUGUUGCUGUUCCGCUUUGUGGUGGUACUUGUGAUAAGAUGUUGAGCUGUGGUUUGCAUAGGUGCCAUGAAAGAUGUCAUCGAGGACAAUGUAUUGAAACUUGCAGACUUGUGGUGACCAAAUCAUGCCGGUGUGGGGGCUUGAAGAAAGAGAUUUGAUCUGUGAGAGAAAGUGUCAGAGAAUGAGAGAUUGUGGACGUCAUGCUUGUAAACGACGCUGCUGUGAUGGGGACUGCCCACCAUGUGGAGAGAUUUGUGGGAAGAGGCUUCGAUGCAAGAAUCACAAAUGUCCAGCGCCAUGCCAUCGAGGUGCCUGUGCUCCUUGCCCUCUAAUGGUUACAAUCUCAUGUGCAUGUGGUGAGACACACUUUGAGGUUCCCUGCGGUACUGAGAUGGACCAAAAACCUCCUAAAUGUCGUAAAUUCUGUGGCGUACCUCCCUUAUGCAGGCAUAGAUCGAUUUGCAAGCCACACAGAUGCCAUUAUGGAGCAUGCCCUCCUUGUCGGUUACCUUGUGAAGAAGAAUAUCCAUGUGGCCAUAAAUGCAAUCUAAGAUGUCAUGGUCCAAGACCCCCUCCAAAUCCAGAUUUCACUUUGAAAACAAAGAAAAAGAAACUAAAUCAUCAGAGUGAAUGUACUCCAGGAUCUCCCUGUCCUCCUUGUCCAGAGCUUGUUUGGAGGUCUUGUGUUGGGCAGCAUCUUGGAGCGGACAGAAUGAUGGUCUGCUCGAAUAGAACAUUGUUUUCCUGUGAUAAUUUAUGUGGGAAUCCUCUGCCUUGUGGGAACCACUAUUGUACAAAAACUUGCCAUGCCUUGAAGAGCCAGUCCUCCAAACCGUUGACUCAAUAUUACAGUGAGCCUUGUGAAGAGUGUCAUCUUCCUUGUGAAAAGGAGAGGAAACCCACUUGUCCACAUCCCUGCCCUCUUCCAUGUCAUACUGGGGAGUGCCCCCCUUGCAAAGUGCUUGUGAAACGAUCUUGUCACUGUGGUUCAAUGGUCCAUGUUUUUGAGUGCAUAUACUAUAACAGCUUAUCAGAAAAGGAUCAAAUGGCUGCCCGAUCAUGUGGUGGAUUCUGCCAUAGGAAGUUGCCCAAUUGUACACAUUUGUGCCCAGACAACUGUCAUCCUGGUCAAUGCCUGUCAUCUGAUAAGUGCAGCAAAAAGGUUACUGUGCGUUGUCAAUGCCAAACACUGAAAAAAGAGUGGCCAUGUCAUGAUGUUCAAGCAGCUUACCGCAAUUCAGGUCGUGAUCCUAAAGAUGUGUCAAAAACUCAAUUUGGACUUGGACUUCUUGCUUGUAAUGCAGAUUGCAAAAGUAAAUUAAAGGUUGUAGAUCACGAAUUGCAUCUGCGCAAAUCCAGAGAUUUGGAGAAAAAGGAGACUGAUACUGAAAAGCACGUACCAAAGCGUAGAAAACGACGUGAACGGGUCCAAGAAGCAAAUCAGAUCUCAAGACUUCAGAAAUUUGUUGCUACCAUGAGGUGGCUUCUUCUACUAUUCACCCUAUUGGUGACUCUUGUAGCAGUUACAUAUUUUGGUUACAAGGGACUCUUGUGGCUCUCUGACUGGAUGAAUGAAGUGGAAGAACAAAGACAAAAGAGAAGGUACCCGCGACUUUAAUCAUUCUCAAUCUGGCCCGUAGGUCUUCAUAGAAACUUUACACAUUUAAAAGUUAACACAUCAAAAUUAAAAUUUGAUAGUUAUUUAGGGCUCAGCAAAAUUCUUUUUCCAGCGAGCAAAAUACUUCUUAUCCACCAUCUAUCAUGGGUAUGAAAGUUUACAGCUAAUGUUCGGUAGUAUUCCCCCAUUUGUACCAGAGCAGGGAGUAUUUGGAAUAAUUUUAUAGAGAAUAUUAUGUACAAAAGUGAACAAUUUUGUAACUAUUAUAUUAACUUAUGCAUAAUAAUGAAAGCUGUUAGUAAUUCUCUUUGAUAGCUAGAAAA